AUGAUGGACCAACUCACGGCCGCCUACCUACAGAAUUUGCAACAAUUGGGCAACAUUGGGCCAAUCAAGAAGAAGAAAAGAAGAAGCUACAAGGUCUACAUUGGUGGUUUACCGCCCGAUGCUACUUCGGAUGAGUUACAUGAAGUCUUUCGUCUUUUCGGAAAUCUCAAACGGAUUUGGAUUGCGAGGAAACCGCCUGGUUUCGCCUACGCCUUCUAUGAGAGUCUUCAUGAGGCACAACAGGCAGUGAAUGAAAUGAAUGGAAAAAUCCUUUGUGGCCAAGUGAUCAAAGUGGAAAUCGCUUACGAGGAUCUCCCUCAAGUGAUCAACGAUCAAAAACAACAACUUUUCACCGCUCAACUUCAAGCACUCACUGAUAUGAGCGGACAAAUGGUUGCCGCUCAUACCGGUUUCAUGCCCGGUCUUUCCAUGCCAUCAAACACCUUUCAAAUGAUCUCACCAACAGUGAUGCCCACGUUGAGCACUCCAUAUGUGCGAGAAGUGAUGGCGAACGAAAAAACUCCACCACCGGUGCCUCCUCCUCCUCCACCACCGCCGCGUGCUUACAAUCAGAGACAAACUCGCUCAACGGAGUGGUGGGAGGAGAAAACCUCGUCUUCAAUCUCCGCCGCUCCUUAUCCGAAACCACAAUUUCGUGGUCAUCAACCGUAUCGAAAUGAUUUCAAUCAACAACGCUCCUCUACCUCAUUAGCUCUUCUCGGAUCCCAGAACAACACUCAGCGAACCCCGUACGUGAAUGGCGGGAUCUUCUUUCAAUCUCCCGAUCAACCGUCACGCACACCAACUCCCUCAUCCAAAAUGAGCAGCGACGAGAUGCAAAUCUCGAGAAACUCAAUGGGCCCAUCCCGCACUCCGACACCUGACCUCUUCACGACACAUUCAGGGACGCCA